CAAAGUGAUAAAUACAAGGAACUCAGGAAGGGACAAAUUCCUCAUACCACUAGUCGUAAAGGGAUGAUUCGACUUGCAAUGAGAUGAGGAAAAACAGUAGUGAUCCUAGAAAGGUAACUAGAACAAAGGUUUGGGUCGCUGGUCACACGCAUUCUGAUGGAAGACCUGAGAAGAUUAAGAAAAUUGACAGUGAAAUGGGGUCAAGUUCAGAUAAUGUCGGUGAAGAUGCUGUCACUCAGGUGCUAGGAAAGGAUAAACCAGGAAGAAUUAGGGGGAUGGGGAGAGGGGUUACUGCAACCAAGUUGGCAUUCUUACAUGCUAGAGACUCCCAUGUUCAGAAGCUUCAAGAUACACAAGCAGAACUAAUCAACAAGAUUGAAGAUUUGCAAAAUGUGGUCAAAGACUUAGCCGGCCAAAAGAAAAAAAACGAUUAUCGUUCUAGCUAUGAAGUAAGUGAUAUUAGCAAGGGAGGAAUAAGGUGCCAACUACUUGAUUGGGUUUCCAAUGAUGAUGUCGUUGUUGCUGAAGGAGAAUACCACUCUAGUGAACCCUAUUAUAAGAUUGGUCGAAUUCCAUUGGGUCCAAAUGCGGCUGCUGUAGUAGUGAAGUCUGUCUCAGUAGAAACAGCAUCUAUAUGGAGACCUACAGCAACUUGUGCUAGGCUUGCUCAGGCGGUUGGAGUGAAAAUUGCAUGGCCAGCUUAUAAGAUAAUCCUGGACGAUGAUAUUGACUUAUCAAGCAAUGGUAACAUCAACGGAUCAGAGCCUACUGAUGCGUCUUUUGGAAAAGUUCAAAUCUUUGACUACUGGAAAUCAGAAGAAGAAUUAAUUGCUGAGUGUGUAUUGUUGUCGACUGAUCCUGUUGAACUAGUGAACCAAGUACUGCUAGGACCGAAUGCUGCAAUUCUUAGAGUGGAUUUGGUUGUGAAAUCUGAUGCUUUUAUUUGGAGACCUACUCGUGAAAUGACCAAGAUGGGUGAUGCCCUACAUGGGAAAAUUGCAUGGCCUAUCGAUAAGAUACUACUACCUGAUGAAGAUUCACCAAAAGAAUCAAACAAGAAUUCCAUUCAGAGUGGUAGUAACAGCAGUGGUUGUAGCAGCAAAGGUGGUAAACAGAAGUGCGGUCUCUUGGACUGUAAUAACUCUGGACACAGAGUGGCUUUAGGUCGUGUGUUCUCAACUGAUCCAGCAGAGAAGGUGCAUUUCGUCCCUUUAGGUCCCAAUGCUUCUAAGGUUUGGGUAGAGGUUUCCGAGUACGAUGGGGCACGAGUGUGGAUGCCAAACUCAGAAAUUGAAUACAUUGGUGAUGCAGUUGGAAGCACGGUGGCUUGGCCAAAUGACAAGCUUGUUUUAUUGCAAGAAAGAUCUGUUGCUUUUGAACUUGUUAUGCUAUUAUGCUAGUUGCAGCACACUUUGAACUUGUUAUACUAUUAUGUAAUAUUUGACAAGAAUGUUUUAAUGUUGAAUCUUUGAAGUUUAUGUUUCA